AUGGCAGCCUUUGUCUACCUCCUAGACCAUCGCCAGAAGGUCUUGGGUGAGGCCUUCUCCGUCAAGACCCCGAGCUACAUUUCGAACUUCAAAGAGUUGGAGCAGGAAGUGCGAAGACAAGCAAGAAUCAGCCCGAUGGCAAAUUUUUUGGCCCUAAGGGCACAAAUGGGCAUGAAUCAGUUCGUUCAGAUCGAGAUCGAUGAUGAAAACUUCAACUGGCAGUUUGAGUAUCAGAUGGUGUUUGGCUUUCAAAAGAAGUUGGAUGUGGUAAGGGUUUAUGGUUUUAGGUUGGUUUUGUAUUGGGAAUGGGGAUUUUUGUUACCUAAAAUAAUGUUUUUUGGGAUUUGUUACCUAAAAUUAAGAUUUUUUAAAAAUUUUGUCACCUAAACUAAUUUUUUUAAAAUUUUGUUAUUUAAAAUAAUUUUUUUUAAUUUUGUUACCUAAAAUAAUGUUUUUUGAAUGUUGUUACCUAAAAUAACAAUUUUCAAAUUUUUGUUGCUUAAAAUUAUGUUUUUUGAAAUUUUGUUACCUAAAAUAACAUUUUUUAAAAUUUUUGUUACUUAAAAUGAUUAAUUUAUGAAAUUUUGUUAUCUAAAAUAGAGUUUUUUGAAUGCGAAGAUUAUUUUUGUUUUUUAAUUGUAAUUAUGGAUUUUCUGACCUAAAAUAACACUUUUUUCUAAAUUUGUUACCCAAAAUUAUAUUUACCCCAAUUUCAGUGCCCAGACCUGCCAUUUGCACCAAAAAUGAGAAAUUUCCUUACAUCGGUCGAGGAAAUCAAGCGAAUCAAACAAGAAGAAGCUGAAGACGAUGACAUUAUCUUCCUACCAAGUCCAGAUGUAGCACGAGUUCAUAAAGUGUCGGUAUCAACGGAGCCACCGGUCGAAGAAGUUGUGGAGAUUAUGCCAGAGGCUUCGGACGAGCUCGAGGAGGAUUAUAUGGGAUUCGCAUUGAAUUUGAAGGUAAGUAUGAGUGAUUUUGACGGAGUUUUGGGGGUUUUAGGUAACAAAGUUGAAAUUUUUUAGAUUUUAGGUAACAAAUUUGAUUUUUUUGAGAUUUUAGGUAAUAGAAAUGAAAUUUUUUACAUUUUAGGUAACAAAAAUGGAUUUAUUAGAUUUUAGGUAACAAAAAUUUAAUUUUUUAUUUUAGGUAACAAUUUUUUCCUUUUUUAAGUAAAAAAUCAGUUUUUUUAUUUUUUGUUACCUAAUUUUCUUAUUUUUCAGCAAGAAAGAGGUUCACAAGCCUACGAACCUCAUAUUUAUGAUGACGAUGUUCCAGCAGCUUCGAAUCAUGUUGAAAUCAGUUCAGAAGAGCCAGCCGAAGAGAAACCCUAUCGGAUUGAGACUUAUGGUCAGUCAGAGGCGUGUGAAUCUGAAGAUGAACAUUGUGAAGCUACAAAUGGGGCUUUUGUAGCUACAAAUGGUGCUUUUGGAGCUCAGAAUGGUGCUUUUGGAGCUACAAAUGGGGCUUUUGGAGCGGCAACUGGGUCUUCUGGAGCCACAAGUGUUACUGGUUCAAGGACGAUGCUUUCAACGUCUUUACCUAGGCCUACUGAAACUUUUGUUAAGCCUAGAAGUCCAACUACGAAGCCUAGUAAUCCGUCGAAGAAGCCUACAGGUUCAGCUCAGCCUUCGAGCACCCUUGCCAACCCUACAAGCCCAGCUAAGCCUACAAGUCCAGCUAAGUCUACAAGCACUCCAGCUAAGCCUACGAACUCAACGCCUAAGCCAAUCAAUGUGCCGUACCAUGUUCACCGUACGGCUACACCAAAUUCGGAAGCAGCUCCUACUGGCGUCAACUUGAGUACGACAAGCUCUGGAGUGGCUUCGAGUACUACCAAUGCGAGUACGAAUGGUUCCGGAGUAUCUACUACUAAUGCCAAUAAUAGUACGAGUUCAAAUGCUAUUGGUAAUGGAGCUACCGUGAGCAAUGCUACGCAUCUUUCUUCUACUGGAGCCACCGUGGACAAUACUUCCUAUGUUUCUGCUACUGAAGCCACCUUGAACAAUGGCACUCCUAAUGGUCUAUAUGUUCUGUCUACUGAAGCCGUCGUGAAUCAGCCUACUGGUCCCACCGCGAAGAGCAAGAACUCAACUGCCGCUACGAUAUGUCUAAACAUCGACUCGACUUCAACAACACCGUCAAAUCGACCAGAAGCGGCUACACAUUCGAAUUUCUGCUCGAAUUGCGCACUCCCAGAAGAGUUACGUCAACAAUUCGAAAAGAGCUUGACUGCUUCACAAGCACGCCAGUUCCAACGUGAAGUGCCAGCCAGUGCCAGAUUUCAACAGAGCCGGCCAGGAUUCAUGAAUGGGCCUAAUGGAGCAGCUUCUUAUCAGAAUUUUGUUAGAAGCUACGGUGGGAAUCAGAAUUUGAUGAAUAGUUACGGUGGAGUUCAGAAACUGAUGAAUAGUCACGGUGGAGUUCAGAAUCUGAUGAACAAUAGAAGUCAGAAUUCGAUGAACAGUCACGGUGGAAUCCAGAAUCCAGCUCAGAAUCCUAUGAACAAUGGAAGUCAGAAACAGAAGUCAAGCAGAAACUCUGGAACUCAGAAUCCAGCCAAGAAUCCGAAGAACGUUCACGGUGGAUCUUCAACUCAAAGGCAAUCACAAUAUCGCACCUUUGACUUGACCUCACCCAGCAGGAAGAACCAACGACAUCCUCAAAUGCAGAAGGCCAAACAGAUGGCGGCCAAUAUGAUGCACCCAAUGAACUCAGGUCAUGCUCUGGCUUCCAAUCCAGCUCAGAAUCAAGGUUAUGGAAGAGGGAAUCCGUCGAUGAGUAGGCCAUAUUCUCAAGGAAAUUUGGCUUCGAAUCCAGCCCAUAGCCAAACCAAUUCGGUCCAAAAUCCAGCCCAUGCCCAGGCCAUGUCAUCGUCAAGUUAUGGCCAACCAAAUCCGGCUUCGACUCCACUCACAGUCCAAACUCCAACCUCUAUUAUCCCGAACAACUCGACCACGAAUCCAUAUUUGAACACCUCACCUCGAGAUGCAUCAAGCACAACUCUGGACCCAAUGGCAUUGCUGGCUUCACUCAAGUUUUCUUCGACACCAGCGGCCAAAAAACGACCCAAAGCCGGAAAUGUGAAGAAAGGAGCUUCAAGUCAAGUUGGAACAGCUAGAAAUGGGCCUUCAAGUCAAGAUGGAGCGGUUGGAAAGGGUCCAAAUGAAGGUUUGGCUGGAGGAGCUUUGAACCAAGGUGGAGCGGCUGGAGGUGCUUUGAAUCAAGUUGGAACAGCUAGAAGGCCUCUAGAUGAAGCCUUGACGUCAAGAAGACUCUCAAAUGAAGCUAGAACAACAUGGAACACUCAAAGCGAAGUUGGAACAGCAAUGAACGGCCAAAACCAAGCUGGAACAUCCUGGAACGGCCAAAACGAAGCCGGAACCUCAAGAAAACGGCCUUCUAACGAACUGACAACAUCAACAAAGAAGCGCCGACGAUUAUCAGCCCACGUUAUCAUGGAAGAACAAAAGAAGUUGUUGACUCAUACUCUGAGCGACAUCGUAUCAAAAUCUCCUAACUGUCGCGAUCUAUGGGGGCAAAUCCUGGUCGGACCGGGUGACUACAAGUUUUAUGGAUGCUUGGCGGACUGUUUGGCUGCUUUUAUCGUGCAAAAUUCGUAGGUUUUGGUUUUUUAAAAAUAUUUUAUGGUACUUUUGCAUUUGGACAGUGGUAAAUUUUUUUGUUUGCGGGGGGGGUUAAAAUUUGUUUUGUGUUAAAAAACAGAAAAGGGCGUAUAGGCUGAAAGGACAAUUUUUGGGUGAGGUAAAGUUUUUUAUUUGGGAGGGUGGGGGGGGAAGAGAAAUUUUUUUUGUAUAUUUUUGAAAAAAAAAAUGUUGUCAAGCAGAAAAAAUUAUCCUACCUACCCUUUUCUAUUAUACCUCCCCCUUACUUUUCAGACUUAUUAGUAAUAUAUGAGAAAGUGAGUUAUAAGGGUAAAAAUUAAGAGUAAAAAUGAACAAAACAAAUAGUUUUGAUUUCUUUCAGGAACUUGUUCACAAAAUCUCAAGUAGUCGAUGUGGUCAAGGAGUACACCAAGCAGUACAAACACGUGGAACUCGAGCUGGUCUUGAAACGAAUUGACAGCCGGCUGAAGAAAUAUUUUAAUAUGAAACAUAAUAUUGACUAA